ACGUUAUCCAUUCCUGCCUGUAUAGUAUGUACUAUGCACCUUACGUUAGGGACGUCAAAAAGGUCAACUUAACUUCGAUCGAGGUUACUUUUUUCCGAUUUAUGCCCCCUUUAUGUUGCUGGCUGUAUGGUGGAAAUCGAAGGCAUUACAGUUUAGGACACCAUGACGUAGACUCCAUUGUCCUUCAAUAAAAUUUACAAUGAGCGAGACAAAUGGCUCCCCUGAAACCGACGUCCACAUAUCAGAAGUUAGGGCUAUAUAUUCAAUUUCAUUAAUUAAAGACUCUAGGACUGAUUUCGUAGAGUUAUAAAGUUUGGGCAUAUAGUUCUCCACGAACUUUUUGUUCCCUAUAGGCUCAUAUCCUGGUCUUGCACACCGCAUCAUAAUUUUGAACCUUUUCUUCAUUACAAUAAUAAAGGGCAGCCCACAUGUAACUAUAAAGUAGGCAGCUGAGAAGUGGAGUUAAGCAUUGAAUACCAAUAAAUACAUAUACAUAAUUUAAGUCAAUCUAUGCGUGCUUAAAAAUAAUAACACUAAACGUCAGCUUGGGAUAAUAGGUAAUAUUUUUAAAAAAAUGUAUUUAAUAGUUUUAUUUCCAAAAUUGAAAGUGGAUGUAUUUUUUUUCUAAUUUUAAGGCGCGAAUCUGUUGUAUCUUCUUCUAAUAAAAACAGACGCUUAGGACAAUGGAUAGAUUUAUAUAAACUUCUUCCUACAAAUCUCUUAAUAUAACUUACCACAUCGGCGAUAUACAAUGUUAAAUUCCACGAAGUCCAAUUUAAAUAUUUAGCAUCAAUAUCUUGUGUUAUAUUUUUUGUAAGCACUUUCUUCUGUAGUAACAUAAUUUGAAUUAGCCGCCAACAUUUAAAUUGCGCGCCGAUAUGCCGCGUGGUUGCCUUCAAACAAGGAUGAAGAUCAUAUAUAUGAAUUAGUAUUUAGUUAAUCUGUGGUCUCAUCUGAGUUAGAUCUGUGGUAGUCCGUAAUAUACGUCAUUCAUUCAUUCGUUCGUCACGGGUGAAUCGAGAAGUUUAAGUUUUGUGUUAGACAAUUUUAGUUUAUGUAUUUUGGGAAAAAUAGAAACAAAGAAAUAUUAGCAUCGUUUUAUUGGUAAAAUUCACAAAGUGGGCGACACCUACUGUCAAAUUUGAAUACUAGUAUAGAGGUGAACAACAAACAAAAAUUAGUAUUAUUUGUCGUGUAGGUUUUUUAAGUUAAUUUUAUUUUUUGUUCAAAUCAGUGUAAAUAAGCAGUUUUUACAUACAAUUUGUUUUAAAUAUUAAUGUUUGGAGUGAAUUUUAAGAUAUAAAUAAAGAUUCUGCCCCGUAUGUACAUUUGAAUCCUCGGAAUCGGUGUUACAAAUUAUAUGAGUUUUGUAUAGUUUGGUAUAAAUUUUGAAGGAAAAUGCAGUCUGUUCAUAAAACAGUAGACACCAAAUCUAGAAAAAUAUGUUCAGUGCCUCAAUGUUCAUCAUAUUGUACAGCAGAUGUUUCAUUGCAUGCUUUUCCUCAAGAUCCUAAGCUAUGUAAAAUCUGGCAAAACAUAUUGAAAAUUGGAAAGCCGAUAACAAAAUAUAUGUUAGUUUGUAGCCUUCAUUUUACAGAAAAUGAUUUCACUAUAGCAACAAAUAAGCGACGUCGGUUAGAGAAACUAGUACUUCCUAGUCAAAAAAUCCCAAAGACGAGCCAUUCAUUAAAAAAGAAAAUAAAGUCCAGAUCGGAGCGACAUUGGCUACAAAAAUGCACAUUAAAUGUUGAUGAAAAUGUAGAAGUAGAAGAGCAUGAAAUUUCGCUAGAAGUUGAUGCUCAAUGUGUCAGUGAAGCAAAAGAACAUGCUACUCAACUUGCUAGAACUGUUGAUGAACCAAAAACCUUAAUUAGUGCUAGCACGUAUGAAGCUCAACAUUCACUUAUAUUUUAUAAAGAUGCCUCAACAGAAACAAAUUUCAGUGACUUUUUUGAAUUGCCUCAAAUUUUAAAUACAGAUGAGAAAUUGAUUAAUUUUACUGGGAUUAAUUUUGAUAUAUUAAAUACAAUUACAAAAUGUACUGAGAAAACAGCUACUUUUAACAAGUGCCUCUGGAAAGACAUCAGGACAAGACUAAUUUUGUGUCUCUGCAAAUUGAAAAUGAAUAUUUCAUUUGUAUGUUUGGCUACUUUAUUUAAAGUAAGUAAAAGUAUGUGUAGGAAUAUGUUCUACUCCACUAUAAGUCUCCUGGCCGUCAGCUUAAAACCGGGUAUAUAUUGGCCAAGUAAGGAGGAGAUCUUAAGUAAUAUGCCAAAGUGUUUCGACAAAUAUAGAGAUACCCGAGUUGUCCUUGACUGUACAGAGCUGAAAAUUCAAAAACUGAAAUGUUUAAAAUGUAGAGUCAGGACGUACUCCCAUUACAAGGGAACACAUACUAUCAAGUAUCUAAUAGGAAUAACCCCAUCGGGAUUAAUAUCCUUUAUCAGUGCUGGAUAUGGUGGUCGCACUACAGAUAAAGCAAUUUUUAAUUAUGAAAACGUUAUUGAUAAAAUUGAUAUGUAUGAUGCAGUUAUGGUUGACAAGGGUAUUUUAAUUCAAAAGGAAUGCGAGGAAAAAUUGGUGAAAUUAAUUAGGCCACCUUUUCUAAGGAAACAGAAGCAGUUUUCAAAAGAAGAUGCUGAGGCUACAGCUGAUAUUGCUCGUGCCCGAGUGCAUGUAGAAAGGGCUAUACAAAGAAUAAAAGUGUUUAAAAUCUUGAGCGAACAGUUUAAUUGGUAUUUAUUACCAUAUGUGGAUGAUAUAAUGACUGUAAUCGCAUCAGUUGUAAAUUUAUCAACACCGAUACUAGCAGACAAUAAAAUUCGUGAAUGACUUAA